UGACGAGUGGGCACAGGUGGGCCGCAAGAACAAGGCCACCGUCACGCGCCAGGUGGGCGCUCCCGCGGACGACGCCUCCUGCCGCUCCCCCGUGUCCGCCAUCUUUACCGGCCUGCUCAAGAGCACGGUGCGGUUCUCGGCGCCGCAUGCGCACUACAAGCCCAGCGCUACCAUUGAGGGAUUCAACAUGUUGCAUCUGGACAUUGCGGCGGAGGGGGUCAGCAGCUUGGAGGAGGCGCUGCGGCACCACUCACUGCCGGAGAACAUUGAGUACAAGCCCGACGGCGCCGCCUGCAUGCUGCCCGCCAAAAAGGACGUGCGGCUGUACCGGCUGCCUGAGGUGCUGGUGCUGCACCUGAAGCGCUUCACCUACACCUACACGGCGGCGGGGGGAGGUGGCUACAGCAAGCUCC